AAAGUGCCCGCUGUGUGUUAGGACUCUAGAAAGAGGGGGUGGGCGGCAGGCAUGGAAGCUGAGGGGAUAGUAGAGAGAAGCAGAGAGGACAGCUCCAGGAAAGAUUUGGAUGAGAUGUCAGGAAGCUGGCUUUUCUGCCUGGGGAUCUAGGCUGCCUGGAUUCCCAAGGGCCUGGGGAGGAGUCUAACCCUGCAUGUGGCCACAUUCAACUGGGGCCAGGCCUUGGGCCAGCGCUUUAAUAGGGAAGGACCCAAGAGUCAUGGCCUGGUGGUAUCUGGAUGGGCUUCCCCCAGGCCUUGCUGAGCCAUGGAGAGAAUUCUGGAGAUGGCGCUCAAGACCCCUGCACUGUGUACCUCCUUUCUCACCUUUGGCCAGGAGCAGCAGGGACCAUAGAAACUUAAGGAGGAGGGGGAAUAUAGAUGGCUGGGGACAGAAUCUAGAGCCUUCAAAUAAUAUGAAGAUGUUUCCACCUUCAGGUUCCACUGGGCUGAUUCCCCCCUCCCACUUUCAAGCUCGGCCCGUUUCAACUCUACCAAAAAUGGCUCCCACCUGGCUCGCAGACAUUCCCCUGGUCCAACCCCCAAGCCAUCAAGAUGUCUCAGAGAGGCGGACAGACACCCAAAGACCUCAAGUGACGAUGUGGGAACGGGAUGUUUCCAGUGACAGACAGGAGCCAGGGCGGAGAGGCAGGUGCCGGGAGUUGGAGGGGUCACAGGCCCUGAGCCAGCAGGCUGAGCUGAUCUCUCGGCAGCUGCAAGAGCUGCGGCGGCUAGAGGAGGAGGUCCGGCUCCUGCGAGAGACCUCGCUGCAGCAGAAGAUGAGGCUAGAGGCCCAGGCCAUGGAGCUGGAGGCUCUGGCACGGGCAGAGCAGGCUGGCCGAGCCGAGGCUGAGGGCCUACGUGCUGCUUUGGCUGGGGCUGAGGUCGUCCGGAAGAACUUGGAAGAGGGGAGCCAGCGGGAGCUGGAAGAGGUUCAGAGGCUGCACCAAGAGCAGCUGUCCUCUUUGACACAGGCUCACCAGGAGGCUCUUUCCAGUUUGACCAGCAAGGCCGAGGGCUUGGAGAAGUCUCUGAGUAGUCUGGAAACCAGGAGGUUAGGGGAAGCCAAGGAGCUGGCCGAGGCUCAGAGGGAGGCCGAGCUGCUUCGGAAUCAACUGAGCAAGACCCAGGACGAUUUGGAGACUCAGGUGACCCUGGUUGAGAAUCUAAGAAAAUAUGUCGGAGAACAAGUCCCUCCUGAGGUUCACAGCCAGACAUGGGAACCGGAGCGACAGAAGCUUCUGGAAACCGUGCAGCACUUGCAGGAGGACCGGGACGGCCUGCACGCCACUGCAGAGCUGCUGCAGGUGCGGGUGCAGAGCCUCACGCAAAUCCUCGCCCUGCAGGAGGAGGAGCUGACCAGGAAGGUUCAACCUUCAGAUUCCCUGGAACCUGAGUUUACCAGGAAGUGCCAGUCCCUGCUGAACCGCUGGCGGGAGAAGGUGUUUGCCCUCAUGGUACAGCUAAAGGCCCAGGAGCUGGAACACAGCGACUCUGUUAAGCAGCUGAAGGGACAGGUGGCCUCACUCCAGGAACAAGUGACAGCCCAGAGCCAGGAGCAGGCCAUCCUGCAGCGAUCCCUGCAGGACAAAGCUGCAGAGGCGGAGGUGGAGCGGAUGGGUGCCAAGGCCUUGCAGUUGGAGCUGAGCCGUGCUCAGGAGGCCAGGCGCUGGUGGCAGCAGCAGACAGCCUCAGCCGAGGAACAGCUGAGGCUUGUGGUCAAUGCUGUCAGCAGCUCUCAGAUCUGGCUCGAGAGCACCAUGGCUAAGGUGGAACAGGCUGUCACCCGGCUUCCCAGUCUCAGCAACCGACUCAGCUAUGCUGUCCGCAAGGUCCACACCAUUCGGGGCCUGAUGGCUCGAAAGCUUGCUGUUGCUCAGUUGCGCCAGGAGAGCUGUCCCCUACCCCCACCCGUCACAGACGUGAGCCUUGAGUUGCAGCAGCUUCGUGAAGAACGAAACCGCCUGGAUGCAGAACUGCAGCUGAGUGCCCGCCUCAUCCAGCAGGAGGUGGGCCGGGCCCGGGAGCAAGGGGAGGCAGAGCGCCAGCAGCUGAGCAAGGUGGCCCAGCAGCUGGAGCAGGAGCUGCAGCAGACCCAGGAGUCCCUGGCUAGCUUGGGGCUGCAGCUGGAUGUGGCACGCCAGGGCCAGCAGGAGAGCACGAAGGAGGCCGCCAGUCUGCGACAGGAGCUGACCCAGCAGCAGGAACUCUACGGGCAAGCCCUGCAAGAGAAGGUGGCUGAAGUGGAAACUCGGCUUCGGGAGCAACUCUCAGACACAGAGAGGAGGCUGAACGAGGCUCGGAGGGAGCAUGCCAAGGCCGUGGUCUCCUUACGCCAGAUCCAGCGCAAAGCUGCCCAGGAAAAGGAACGGAGCCAGGAGCUCAGGCGUCUGCAGGAGGAGGCCCGGAAGGAGGAGGGGCAGCGACUGGCCCGGCGCCUGCAGGAACUAGAGCGGGAUAAGAACCUCAUGCUGGCCACCUUGCAGCAGGAGGGUCUCCUCUCCCAUUACAAGCAGCAGCGACUAUUGGCAGUUCUUCCUUCCCUACUGGAUAAGAAGAAAUCUGUGGUGUCCAAUGGCAGGCCUCUAGGGUGUUCAGCAUCUGCACCUGUAGCAGCAGCAGUGCCCACCAGGGAGUCCAUAAAAGGGUCCCUCUCUGUCCUGCUCGACGACCUGCAGGGCCUGAGUGAGGCCAUUUCCAAAGAGGAAGCUAUUUGUCAAGGAAACAACCUUGACAGAUGCUCCAGCUCCAACCCGCAGAUGAGCAGCUAAGCAGCUGAGAACUGGAGGGAAAGCCAGCCUGGAGGCUGGAGAAGUGGGUGUAGGGACAGACUAUCCCUUCCCCAGCCAGUGGGCCUGCCCUGGGGAAUGUAGCUGAGUCUGAAUUCUGCUCUAAAUAAAGAUAACUACUGUAGGA